AUGCGUGAGUGCAUUUCUAUCCACGUUGGUCAAGGCGGCUGUCAAAUUGGCAAUGCAUGUUGGGAAUUGUAUUGCCUGGAACACGGCAUUCAACCAGAUGGGCAAAUGCCAUCAGACAAAUGUUUGGGUGGCGGCGACGACUCGUUCAACACAUUCUUCAGUGAAACGGGAGCUGGAAAACAUGUUCCUCGGGCAGUUUUUAUAGACUUGGAACCAACAGUUGUGGAUGAAGUUCGGACAGGCACAUACCGGCAAUUAUUCCAUCCCGAGCAACUAAUCACUGGAAAGGAAGAUGCAGCAAAUAACUACGCACGUGGCCACUACACUAUAGGUAAGGAAAUUGUGGACUUAGUUCUGGACCGCAUCCGCAAGCUUGCUGACCAAUGCACCGGACUUCAAGGCUUCCUCAUCUUCCAUUCUUUUGGUGGUGGCACUGGUUCUGGUUUCGCGUCACUGCUCAUGGAACGGCUGUCUGUGGACUACGGUAAGAAGAGUAAGCUCGAAUUUGCCAUAUAUCCAGCGCCUCAGAUCUCCACUGCUGUUGUUGAGCCUUACAAUGCCGUAUUAUGCACACACACAACCUUAGAGCACUCAGACUGCGCCUUCAUGGUAGACAACGAAGCUAUUUAUGACAUUUGCCGCCGCAAUUUGGACAUCGAACGCCCCACCUACACCAACCUGAAUCGACUGAUUGCCCAGAUCGUGUCUUCUAUCACUGCUUCCCUUCGUUUUGACGGCGCUCUUAACGUAGACCUGACGGAAUUUCAGACCAACUUGGUGCCGUACCCUCGUAUUCACUUCCCGUUGGCCACAUACGCACCCGUUAUUUCUGCUGAGAAAGCGUACCACGAACAACUCUCAGUAGCUGAGAUCACCAACGCCUGCUUUGAGCCUGCCAACCAGAUGGUGAAAUGUGAUCCUCGUCAUGGCAAGUACAUGGCGUGUUGUAUGCUGUACCGUGGUGAUGUAGUCCCGAAGGAUGUAAAUGCGUCCAUUGCUACCAUCAAGACGAAGCGCACCAUCCAGUUCGUGGACUGGUGCCCUACUGGUUUCAAGGUAGGAAUCAACUACCAGCCACCUACAGUUGUCCCUGGUGGUGAUCUGGCCAAAGUUCAGCGAGCCGUCUGCAUGUUGGCGAACACAACCGCAAUUGCAGAGGCGUGGGCACGAUUGGAUCAUAAAUUCGAUUUGAUGUAUGCCAAGCGUGCUUUCGUACAUUGGUAUGUGGGAGAGGGCAUGGAGGAAGGAGAGUUCUCCGAGGCCCGGAAGGACUACGAGGAAGUUGGCAUGGACUCCGUGGAAGGGGAGGGUGAAGGAGCAGAAGAAUACUAA